UCUAGUGUUCACACCAGAUUGGUAAACACUAAUUGGAAAAAUGAAAUUUGUUCUUUCUUCCCUCUGUCUGCUGGGAUCUCUUCUGCAUGCCUUGACUCGAUGCACUGUCCCGGCCUCAGAGUUUCACCUGGAAGGAGAUUAUUUGAUUGGUGGACUCUUUGAUAUUCAUCCUGCCAGCAGCUCUCUUCGUCAUGACAGACCAGAAGCCAUCGACUGCUCCAGUCAACCCAUCCUCCUCUCAAAUUACCGGAGGUUUCAGAUAAUGAGAUUCUCUGUCGAGCAAAUCAAUAACUCCACCAACCUACUGCCGAAUGUAUUACUCGGCUACGAGAUAUUUGACCACUGCUCAGAUACGCAGAGCUUCCAAGAUGUUUUAAAGCUCAUCUCAGUCAGUGGGUUGAUUCAUCCUUGGGGAGAACCACAUCAGCAACAAGCACAAAAGUCCAAAAACUCCACAGUGAUAGGAGUGGCGGGUCCGUUUACGAGCACCUUUUGCCUAACAGUGGCCCCACUGUUGAUGGCAGAUCUCAUACCAAUGGUCAGUUAUGGAGCCUCUAGUUCUGUUUUUUCAUCCAAAAUGAAAUAUCCCUCUUUCCUGCGGACGGUGCACGCCAAUCAAGACGUCAUAGAAGUGAUUGUUAACAUCAUGCAACACUUCGACUGGCGCUGGGUUGCUUUCCUGAACAGUGAUAAUGAUUUUGGAAUUGAUGGACUGAAUAUGUUCAUUAAGAGGAUUGCGGAUACCAAUAUCUGCCUGGCGUAUAACAGAGGCCUCAACGACAACACAAAUCACUCUCAAAUAUUAAAACAGAUAGAGGCACAGAAUGUAACCGUCAUAAUAGUUUUUUCUCCACAACUGGAAGCUGAAGCUCUCAUUAAGGCAGCGAUACGACUGAAUGUCACAAACAAGGUGUGGAUAGCAGACGAAGGAUGGUCCUUAAACAAACGGCUUCCAAAGUUGGAAAGAAUCAAAAAUAUUGGCAUUGUCCUCGGGGUGUCUCAGCCAGAGUUCCCAAUACCUGGUUUCAAUGAUUUUAUCUAUUCCACCAAAAGCCAGCCUCUUGAUAGAGAUGCAGGAGGACAGGAGUUUUACAGUCAGGUUUGCAACUGCAGUAGCAUGAAUGCUGAGGAUAUUCUGGCUGUGGACCCAUCGUUCUCUUUUUCUGUUUAUUCUGCCACAUAUGCCAUCGCUCAUGCCUUGCACAAAACCUUACAAUGUGAAGCCGGCAGAUGUGAUAAAAAUAUUACGGUGUAUCCACAUAAGGUUCUGGCAGAGCUGAAGAAGUCAAACUUCACACUUUUAGAUCAACACAUUCGGUUUGAUGCGAACGGCGACCCCAGGUUUGGAUCCUAUGACGUAAUUUUAUGGAAUUACGGUGGUGACGCACAGGUGAUCGGCUUUUAUAAAUUUCACUCAUCAGUCAAUUUCUACAUCAACGACACCAAAAUCAAGUGGUUCACAAAUGGGGAGGUGCCUACUUCAGUAUGUUCCCCAGAAUGUCCUACAGGAUAUGCAAGAAAGCAAGUUCCAAGCCACAAAUGUUGCUUCACUUGUAUAAUCUGUCCAAAUAGAACUUACAUCAACAUCACAGAGGAUCCCUACAGCUGCAUCAGCUGCAAGGACACAGAAUGGUCUGCAGAGGGAAGUACAUCCUGCAACCAGCGGCUGGUGGAGUUCAUCCCAUUUACAGACAGCGGGGCCAUACUGAUCAUGUUGGGGGCCGGGGCCUUGGUGGGCCUCACUCUAGCUGUGUCUGUCCUCUUUGCUGUUAACUACAACACGCCUGUUGUCAGAUCUGCUGGGGGACCCAUGUGCUUCCUGAUUUUAGGCUGCCUCAGUCUGUGCAGCAUCAGUGUUUUCUUUUACUUUGGCCAGCCAUCAGUUUCUUCUUGUGUCUUGAGGUUUCUGCCAUUUUUCUUGUUCUACACUGUUUGUCUGGCAUGUUUUGUCGUGCGCUCCUUUCAGAUUGUUUGCAUUUUCAAAAUCGCCGCCAAGUUCCCCAAACUCCACAGCUGGUGGAUAAAGUAUCACAUCCAGUGGCUGGUCAUCACUGCAGCGUUUGUCACUCAGGCUCUUGUAUUCGUUAUUGGCUAUUCUUCUGCACCUCCAAAGCCUUACAAUGAGACAGUGUGGUACCCACGAGAAAUCAUACUCAGCUGUGACAUCGAUCUAAUUGCAACAUCUGGUUCUAUAGUCUUACUGUCAUCAUUAUGCUCCCUUUGCUUUAUUUUCUCCUACAUGGGAAAAGACCUGCCAAAAAACUACAAUGAGGCCAAAUCAAUCACCUUCUGCCUCCUGCUGCUGAUCCUCACAUGGAUCAUCUUUGCCACUGAGUACAUGCUUUAUCGUGGUAAAUACAUCCACACUAUUAACGCCCUGGCUGUACUCUCCAGUCUCUACUCCUUUCUGUUGUGGUAUUUUUUCCCAAAAUGUUACAUCAUUAUUUUUCAGCCACAUAAAAAUACACAGCAGUACUUCCAAGAUCUCAUUCAGAACUACACCAAAACUAUCAGUCAGUAGCUGCAGCCACCAAACAUGUUAAAGAGUAGCUGAUUUUAGUUCUAGUUCUUGUUCUAGUUUGAUGCACAUGUAAAUCUGUCAAAACUAAAGU